AUGGAGGCCGUAGGGGGGGCCCAAAUCGCUAGCGUUUUAGGGCCGGGGGGAGCCCCAUAUCGCUUCUACACCGGUCUGCAGGAGGUUGAAGUAGUAGUGAAACCGUUUGAUUGGACCUACACUACCGACUACAAAGGAACCCUCUCCAGCAAAGGAACCACUAACUUGGAGGUGACUGACACCAGUAAUCGUAAAGACUUUGAGCAGCUUAAACAGCAAGAGCAGAUACUCUUCUACGAUGAGGUGAUCUUGUCCGAAGAUGAGCUGGCAGACAAUGGGACAGCCGUGUUCAGUGUGAAGAUUAGGGUGAUGGCGAGUGGUUUUUUUAUUCUGUCACGCUUCUUCUUACGAGUGGACAGUGUGUUAGUGAGGAUGAAUGAGAGUCGCUUCUAGGCUGGCACCGACCAUAUCUUCCGUGAAUACACGAGUAAGGAAGCAAA